UAAACUGAGCGUCGUAUUUUUGUUCCUGUGUCAACGUAAAGAAAAGAACGACGGACACAGAGCCGGACAACUUCUCGCAAAGCACCUUUCUGACACACUUAUAAAAGAAGAUUUCUUAUAUCUGAUCACAACCAGAGCCCACCUGCCCGAGCCGAUCUCCUUUUGAAGAUGAACUCCAAUGUGGAGAAUUUGCCCCCUCACGUUCUUCGCUUGGUCUAUAAAGAGGUUUCAGCUUUAGCAGCAGACCCACCUGAGGGCAUCAAGAUUUAUCCCAGUGAGGAAGACAUAACUGAACUCCACACAGCCAUCGAAGGACCAGAGGGAACUCCAUUUGCUGGUGGCAUUUUCCGAAUGCGUCUAGUCCUCGGGAAGGACUUCCCUGCUGUUCCACCCAAGGGGUAUUUCCUGACCAAGAUUUUUCACCCCAAUGUUGGUCACAAGGGCGAGAUCUGUGUCAACGUGUUGAAGAGGGACUGGAAGGCAGAGCUCGGCCUCAGACACGUCUUACUCACAAUCAAGUGUCUCCUCAUCCAUCCGAAUCCGGAAUCGGCUUUGAACGAGGAGGCGGGGCGUUUGCUGUUAGAGGACUAUGCAGAAUACGAGUCCCGCGCCCGCCUGCUGACAGAGAUUCACGCCAUGGGCGGGCCUGGUGGUACCUCCGGGGCGCCUCAGGACCCUAAUGACGGCCCACAGCCCAAGAAACACGCAGGUGACCCAACCAAGAGGGCGGGACCCAGCGCGGCGGCUGUGCCGGCCGCUCUGGGUAACGGAGCCAGCGGAGCCAGUACCACCACCAGCAAUAGCAGUAAUAGUAGUAGCACGAAUAAUGUAGCAGGGAAAAAGAAAGCAGAUAAAAAGCGUGCGUUGAGGCGGCUUUAAUACCUCUAAAAGAAAUUCCACUUGUGUAUGUGUGAGAAUGUGAGAGUGUACAUAUAAAUAUGAAAGUGUGCUGAUACAGUUUUUGUUCCCCUCUUAUUCCCUGUCCAGGUCGUUCACUUUUUAUCUUUCCCUUUGUUUUGCCACCAUUUUGGCAUCACUGGUUUAAUUAUUUCCAUACCUAAAGACGGGAUGAAACACUUUUUUUUUUUUUUUUUUUUUUUACUCAGCAAAGAUCAUGCCAUCAUUUUAAUUUUUCCUGCAGUAUAUUCUGAAUGAGUGACACAUCAUAGGUUCAGACAUGGGCUCUCGUGUCCGCCUAUCAGGUUUCUCAUGACCUCCUUUAAAAAAAGCCGCUGUGAUAGUACUGUGUACUGCACAGCGUGGCUAAUGCUGGUGUCUCAGCCGGCAUCCACACUUUUUAAAGGGGACCUAUUGUGCGCAUUUUCCCCAUGUAAGGAGGCUUUUUCCUGGUUUAGAAAUACACCUUCAUGGUUCUGUUCUGACCCACUUGGCAGGUCCUCAGUCUCUUUCUGAAACAAGUUACUUCAUCUGCUGUUUAACAGCUGCACUUUCUAAAAGUUGACUUUCUUUUGAAUGGCCAGUUUUUAGGAAAACUUCUAGAUUUUCUAAGUUUUUCUAGAAAACCAAACAGUUGUCCUCUUAUACUAUUUUGGCCAUUCUUGUAUUACAAGAUGAAACACUGGUUUAUCACCAUAGAUUGAGGUACGGUACUUGUAAUUGGAUGUCAGCUUCAUCAUCUUCAGGGUUUGAAGCAACUGAAACAAUUUUAAAUCAACUUUCUUUGUAAAAAAACCACACUUCAGUUUUUGAUACUUUUAUAAUAACCCAACCUUUCUAUGCAUGCAACAGAAACUACCGAAGCAAAAUUGGUCCCCUUUAAAAACACGUGUUCCAAAUAAAAAGGAAAAAAUCUUGAGAGAUAAAGACUCACUUGUGGUUACCACCAGGAGAGACAGAUUCUUAUUUUAGUACCAAAACCAACUUUGUUUUUAUUAUUACAUUUCCCCCUUUUUAGAGCUGAAUAAAUUCAAGGUAUGGAAAGAGUUACCAAUGACUUAUAAGAAAUAGUUUUUUUUCUUUCUGAAUUGUUUCACUGUCCAGUAUUUUCAAAAUUUGCUUUUUAAUUGACAUGUCCAUAUUCAGCCGUCUUGUGUUUGUGUGUGAAGACGUAGAUCAGUGGCUGUUUAAGGGAACAGGGUAUGUUACCAUACAAAUUCUAUUCAAAAGCUCAUCUGUUCUCUAUAUUAAGCAUACUGUGGUGUGACUUGCUUCAACGAGUCCCGCGUCCCGGCGAAGCGGGGCGCGCUCUGGGACCAGCCCUGUGUGGGGUACCAGAGAAGACGUCAGUAGGAAGACUUCCACGUUUGAUAGUUUGUCUCCCCACCUGCCGCACUGGCAAGGGUUUCCCAGGCAGGUUUUCUCUCUUCUCUAAAUGCAUGCGGGGCCUACAUUUCCCAAGGAAACACACUAAAGCGCUGUCUUAAUUUGGAUGGAAAAGGUGCCUGUGAGACUCCUGCCGUGCAAAAUGUCAGUUGGAUAUUUUGUGUCCAUUUUAAAUUAUUUAAAUUAAUAAAACAUUGAAAUACCAGAA